AUGUUGCUUCCAAAAGUGUAUGACGUGUACAUUGUGCCUGUUUUACUCCUCUGUGCAGUAAUGCUUCUCGUCUUCAUCUUGAAAUCCAUAUUUCAUCGUCCACAUACCCCACAGUCAGGAAAUCCAAGUGGAAAUCCUGAAAAUUCAAAUAAAAAAUGUGGAAAACGAAAAAGGCGAUUUGCGAAAAAAGAUAUUCGAGCAUCGGAAAUGGAGGAAAAAAAUCGUCACAAAGCUGAAAAAAGAGAAGAAUCAAAAGCCGAACGUGUAAAAUUAAAAAAAGCAGAAGGCGGACACCAGAAGCAAAAACAAAAAAUCAAUAUUCGGAAAAAUUCGACGAAUUUGGUGGAAAAUGGAGGUGCUCAGCGAGUUGUGAAGUUAAAUGUGCCGAGGAAGAGGAAUUGAGGGAAGAAUUUAGAGGUUU